AUGCUGGGAUGUUCAACCACAGAAGCCAUUCAUCUUGUGAGAAGGUUGGUGGAACAGUACCGGGAGAGGAAGAGGGACCUGCAUAUGGUAUUUUUCGAUUUAGAAAAAGCUUACGAUAAAGUCCCAAGGGAGGUUCUAUGGAGAUGUCCGGAGGUUAGAGGUGUUCCGGUAGCGUACAUUAGGGUAAUUGAGGAUAUGUAUGAUGGAGCGAAGAUUCCGGUGAGGACUGUGGGAGGAGACUCAGACUAUUUUUCAGUAAUGAUGGGGUUGCAUCAGGGUUCAACUCUUAGCCCAUUUAUAUUUGCCAUGGCGAUGGACGUGCUGACACGCCACAUUUAG